UUUUAUUUGCUUCACUCAAAACAGAGCAAAAAGGGCGGGAGAGAAACAGGGUCCCUCCCUCAAGAGUCUCACUUCUACAGUUCUACUCCCAUCUCAUCUCCCUCCCAAACUCCCCAGACCCGGUGACCGAUUGAAGUCAGAAAUGUCCGUCGGACUUCGCCGCCUCAGCGUGCUUGGCGAAUUCAAACCCUUCGGUUUGAUCUCCGAAGCUCUCGACGGCAAGCCUUCUGAUACCGUCCUCGAUAAUUACGAUUACUUCGUUUUCGAUCCCCAAGUCGCGAGGGAGAGAGACGAAUCCGAUGCGGAUGACGCGCCAGUCUCGGCAUUGAGCGACCGAUGCGACCAUGAACUGUUCAUCAGAGGGAAUCGGAUAAUAUGGUCCACAGGUUCACGAGUGUACAAGAGAUUCACCCUACCUUCCUCAGUUGUUAAGGCAUGCUGGUGUCGUCUGGGUGACAUGUCGGAAGCUCUUCUCUGUGUCCUACAGAUUGAUAGUUUGACAAUCUAUAACACAUCUGGUGAAGUUGUAUCUAUUCCACUUGCUCGUACCGUCACAUCAAUAUGGCCUCUUCCAUUUGGUUUACUCCUCCAGCAGGCUACUGAAGGGAUCUCACCAGCACAUCUUCCUUUUUCAUCUUCUAGUCCACUAUUAGGUGGACGUGAUAUAACCCGUCCAAAAAGAGAAAUUGGUCAUAGUCCACGACAGAAUUUUAGUUUACUGAACACAUUUGAUUACAUUAUCAAAGGAGAUGGAGCUUCAUUCUCUUCACAUCUGAUUCUGAAGGACCCUCUGGAAGAACCCCAUUCAACUUAUAUUGAAGAAAGGGGAAAAUUGAACAUAAUGAAGGAGUUUGAUGAAAGAACAAUUUGGACUAGUGAUCUUAUUCCUCUAAUGGCAUCAUAUAAUAAAGGAAAGAUGCAACAUUCUGUGUGGGUUGCAGAAGUCAUUAAUUCUAGCCUUGAAGUCUCAAAUGCCAGUUUAUCUGAUGUAAUUCCUGCUGGGGUGUUACCAAAACAAUUCUCAUUCCGAAGGAUUUGGCAGGGGAAGGGUGCCCAGACAGCUGCUUGUAAGGUUUUUCUGGCUACUGAUGAUGAUGCGGCACCAUUGAUUUGUUUUCUUCUGCAAGAACAAAAAAAAUUGUUGUCCGUGAGGCUUCAAAGUGUUGAAAUAAAUAAUGAGAUUGUCUUUGAUAUUAAACCUGACAUGAGCUGGAGUAUACCGGCAGUUGCCGCUGUGCCUGUGAUUGUGACACGUCCAAGAGCAAAAGUGGGACUGCUGCCAUUUGCAGAUAUCCUUGUUUUGGCUUCAGAAAACACCCUUCUUCUAUAUUCAGGGAAGCAAUGCCUGUGUAGGUAUUUGUUGCCUUGUUCUUUGGGUAACAGGCUGGUGUCAUCACAUACUCUGGAUUCUUCAGAACCAGCAUCUUCUUUCCGUGACUUAAAGAUUGUAGGAUUAGCUGAUGCUGUUGACGGGCGCGUCAAUGUAAUCGUAAACAAUGGGCAGAUGUUUAGAUGUGCAUUGCAAAGGAGCCCUUCAUCUUCCUUGGCAAAUGAUUGCAUUGCAGCAAUGGCUGAGGGGCUUAGUUCCAGUUCCUAUAAUCAUUUUCUUGCUCUUCUAUGGGGAGAUGGUGAUGCUGGCUCUUUGUCUAAGGCUGACUCUAAUGUUGAUUCAGAAUGGGAGUCUUUUAGUAGUAUUAUAAUGCAUAUGUGCAAAAAGUCAGGAUUGAUUCCUCCAAAGCUCAUGGAUACAGUGCCACACACAUCCUGGGAGUUUCUUAUUAACAGCAACUUUCACAAGAACUACUCUAAACUUAAUUUGAUCACUGGAAUUUCUUCCAAAAUGUCACUUGAGUUGCAGGAAUCAGAUUCUUCUAAAUCAUAUUCGGAUGGUGGACGAGGCCUAGAAAAAUUAUUAUAUUCUGAGCCUUUGAAGGAGACUUUGGAUUCCCUCCAUGCGGUAUAUGAAAGUUUGAAAUUAGAUAAUCUUCGCAAAAGGGACUUGGGACUUCUGGUGGUUCUAUUAUGUAAUGUUGCUAAUUUUCUAGGAGAGGGAAGCUAUUUGGACCAUUAUGUUCGUGAUUUUCCUGGUAUUUCCAAGAAACUUGGGAUGUGUAAAGCCUGUCUUUCCCAGACAACUCCUCCCAGUCUAUUCAGAUGGCUUGAACACUGCUUGCAGUAUGGAUGUAAUUCUGCUAAUAUAAAUGACCUUCCACCUCUGAUUCGUAAAGAUGGCCAUUCAGUUAUCUGGGCCCGGAAGAUAGUUUCCUUCUAUAGUCUGUUAUCUGGUGCGAAACAAGCGGGGAGAAAACUUUCAUCUGGUGUUUAUUGUAAUCUUGCUACAGGAUCAUCUUCCAGUUCUGAGGAGUUGACAGUCUUGGCAAUGGUUGGGGAAAAAUUUGGACUUCAACAGCUGGACUUACUGCCUGCUGGUGUAUCCCUUCCUCUUCGACAUGCAUUGGAUAAGUGCCGGGAAUCUCCUCCCUCCGAUUGGCCAGCAGCUGCAUAUGUUCUUCUUGGUCGAGAGGAUUUGGCUUUGUCAUGUUUGGCUCAUUCACACAAAUACAAGGAACUUGAGAUCCAAACCAACGUGAAUUUAAUUUCUAUGUCUACUCCUUAUAUGCUACUUUUGCAUCCAGUUACUAUUCCUUCCACAUCUUCUGAUACAAUUGGAUUGGACAAUACCAAGUUUGAGGAUACAGAUUCUGUUGAUGGAUCCAUGACAGAUGGCAUGGAGCAUAUUUUCAAUUCUAGCACUCAGUUGCGAUAUGGUCGGGAUCUCCGAUUGAAUGAGGUUAGACGCCUUUUGUGCUCUGCAAGACCCGUGUCAAUUCAAACAUCAGUUAACCCCAGUGCCUCUGAUCAAGAUGUCCAACAGGCUCAGCUAUGGCAGCUUGCACAAAGAACUACUGCUCUUCCUCUUGGUCGAGGAGCAUUUACUCUUGCAACCACUUGUACUCUUUUAACAGAGGCACUCGCAGUCCCAAAGCUUGUUUUAGCAGGUCGGUUGCCUGCUCAACAAAAUGCAACUGUUAAUCUUGAUCCAAAUAUACGGAAUAUACAAGAACUGAAAUCUUGGCCAGAGUUUCACAAUGCUGUAGCUGCUGGGCUUAGGCUGGCCCCUCUUCAGGGAAAAAUGUCAAGAACAUGGAUAAUAUACAACAAACCUGAGGAGCCAAAUGUUGUUCAUGCUGGACUUCUCCUUGCGCUAGGAUUACAUGGAUAUCUGUGUGUUUUAACCAUAACUGACAUAUACCAGUAUUAUGCACAGGUACAUGAAAGCACAACUGUAGGAUUAAUGCUUGGCCUGGCAGCUUCUUAUCGGGGGACCAUGCAACCAGCAAUAUCAAAGUCUCUUUAUGUUCAUAUACCUGCUCGCCAUCCAUCUUCCUUUCCAGAAUUGGAAUUGCCGACCCUUCUGCAGUCAGCAGCUCUCAUGUCUCUUGGGAUUCUUUUUGAAGGAUCUGCUCACCCACAAACUAUGCAAAUUCUUCUGGGUGAAAUAGGCCGUUUAAGUGGUGGUGAUAAUGUACUUGAAAGGGAGGGUUAUGCUGUUUCUGCAGGAUUUUCAUUGGGACUUGUUGCAUUGGGUCGAGGGGAAGAUGCGCUUGGUUUCAUGGAUACUUUAGUUGAUCGGUUGUUUCAAUAUGUUGGUGGCAAAGAACUCCAUAAUGAGAGAUUCCUACCCUUGACAUCAUCCACAGAUCAUCAUUAUCGUGGUGCUGGGCAGGUGAUGGAUGGAACCCCAGUCAAUGUUGAUGUCACUGCUCCUGGAGCUAUAAUUGCUCUGGCUUUAAUAUUUCUGAAGACUGAAUCAGAGGUGAUGGUGUCUAGGCUUUCUAUCCCUCAUACACAAUUUGAUUUGCAAUAUGUGAGGCCUGAUUUCAUAAUGCUUCGCGUCAUUGCUCGGAAUUUGAUAAUGUGGAGCAGGGUUCAUCCGUCUAAAGAUUGGAUUCAGUCUCAGAUCCCUGAAAUUAUCAAAAAUGGGGUCAAAGGUCUGGGUGAUGAGAUUGGUGAUACUGAUGAAAUGGAUGCAGAAGCUUUUGUUCAGGCAUAUGUCAAUAUAGUAGCUGGAGCUUGCAUUUCCCUUGGGUUGAGGUUUGCUGGUACAAAAAAUGGAAAUGCACAGGAGUUACUUUAUGAGUAUGCUGUCUACUUUCUUAAUGAGCAGAUAAAGCCUGUUAGUAUUGCAAGUGGAAAUACUUUACCAAAAGGAUUGUCUCGUUAUGUCGAUCGAGGCUCACUGGAGACCUGCCUUCACCUCAUUGUUCUUUCCCUGUCUGUGGUUAUGGCAGGUUCUGGGCAUUUACAAACAUUUAGAUUAUUGAGGUUUCUUCGCAGUCGAACCUCAGCAGAUGGACAUGCUAAUUAUGGUUUUCAAAUGGCAGUAAGCUUAGCAAUUGGUUUCUUGUUUCUUGGGGGAGGAAUGCGAACCUUUUCAACUAGCAACAGUUCUAUUGCUGCUUUGCUGAUUACUCUAUAUCCACGCUUACCCACUGGACCCAAUGACAAUCGUUGUCAUCUUCAGGCAUACAGGCAUUUGUACGUCCUUGCGACAGAAGCUCGCUGGAUUCAAACAGUUGAUGUUGACACAGGCCUACCAGUUUAUGCCCCUCUUGAAGUCACUGUUAGGGAAACGGAACAUUUUGCAGAAACAAGUUUUUUUGAGGUCACCCCUUGCAUACUGCCAGAACGUGCUACUUUGAAAAGAGUGCGUGUAUGUGGCCCUCGAUAUUGGCCUCAACUAAUAGAGAUUGUUCAUGAAGAUAAACCAUGGUGGAGUUUUGGAGACAAGAAUAAUCCUUUUAAUUCUGGUGUGCUGUAUAUCAAGCGGAAGGUUGGAGCUUGUUCAUAUGUGGAUGACCCCAUAGGGUGUCAGUCAUUGCUGUCACGAGCAAUGCACAAGGUUUUUGGUCUGACAAGUCUCAGAACUAGUGGUUCAAGUACCAGUGAUCAGAGUGGACCAGGAUCAGUUACAGUUGAUCAGUUGGUCAGCACCUUUUCAUCUGAUCCAAGCUUAAUUGCUUUUGCACAACUUUGUUGUGACCCUUCUUGGAAUGGCAGAUCUGAUGCUGAUUUCCAGGAAUUUUGCUUGCAAGUACUGUUCGAGUGUGUGAGCAAGGACAGACCAGCUCUUUUACAGGUCUACUUGUCAUUAUACACAACGAUUGGGUCUAUGGCUGAUCAGGUUACCUGUGGAAAUGUUGUUCUGGGAGACUCGCUCUUCAUCUCUAGUUUAAAGCUUGCACUAGCCUACAAUGAGGCUCUGCUGAGUGGGAGAUUGACAGCUUCAAAAGGAGGCAUCGUACAACCUGUCUUUAUUGGAUCUCUCAUGAGACGGGUAGAGGGUCUACUAAAUUAUUCUCCAGGAUUGAAGAAUGAUUUCUACAAUUAUUUGAACUUGGGAAAGUGGCCCAGUGAGGAAUCCCAAGGAGGAAAAGAUUCAAUACUCUUAUCUUGGUACCUUCAGUGGUUCUGUGUGCCAGCUCCAUCUAUAGUCAAGACAGCCGUGGAAAAAAUCAGGCCCAAGUUCAAAAGAUCUUCUUCCAUCCCCUUGUUGCGCUUGUUGUUGCCAAAAACCCACAUUAAUGCUAUCGGUGAGAUAGAUAAGUUCUUUCUCUGUUCACAGUCUUAGUCGACACCCUACUUCUGAAACCUCGGGAAUAGGUCAUUAUGCACAACCCUUUCCAGAUAUAUGAUGAAUUUUUACAACUAACAACAUAGAGGAAUUGCAGAAGCCAACACAUCGAUCCUGAACCUCCUCAACCCCACCUCUAGGCCUUUGUAACUCUGUAAUGUAAAUGUGUAUCAUAUGUACUAUGUAGUAUUUCACCAUUGCAGUCAGCUUUGUAAUAUGAUCCCCAUCUACAUAUAUUAUGAUAAAAAAUUCUCACACCUGCGAAUCUAUUUAAUAAUCCAAACGCUAUACAUACAGGUGUGAAAUGAUUUAGGAUUUAAUUUGGAGGUGUCAUUGAAUUGAGUUGUAGAUAGUUGACACUAUUUUAUAGGUGGGAUUGAGAAGUAGAGUCGUUUGUAUCAGCCCUUAUUCAAUAUGUCAAAAUUUCUUUUCUUUUC